AGCUACAAAGCAGCUGACCCUACAACAAAAGCUGCACACUGCACAGAGGAGAGUGGGGUGAAAGGAGAAGAAAAGUGACAGCUCUUAGUCAGUUAUCUGUGUGCGUGUGACUAACUCUCCUGGAAAAAGUCUGCAUGACAGGCGCAGUGAGAGGACAGGACAAAAAACUACAAGACAAAAACAUUUGCAACAACAAAGCAAGGGAAGGAUUGCUGCCGGACGUAGUCAACAGUGAGAGGAGUAAAGUUUGCACAGGCAGAUCCAUGGAGACAAGACGCUGGAGGCUCUACUCUGUGAAAAGCUCUUCUUUGCCCAAUUUCUAAAAAGCUCAGACAAGAGUCAGCAGUGCUGUUUCACCACUUUUAAAGACAGCGUGCUGUGAAUGCCAUGCCUCUGUUCAGCUGGAUGAAAUGGUCGCAUGAGACAAGAGUGCAGGCUCAGGAUGAAACACCAUCUCUGAAAAUCUCAGGGGGGUUACCCAGCCGCAUGCUGAUCACAGAGCUCCUGUGGCAUGUGGAAGAGCGCGAGCGGCUGGCGAGAGAACUGGAGCGUGAGCAUAGGAUGGCUCACAGCACUCUGGGUCUCCACUGGUUUCAAAAGUACCCCAGGUUGCGGACCCUCAUCCCCUCAUCAGAACUACAACAGCUGGAGUUCUUGUGUGCCCAGAUCCCAUCUAUCCAAGCAGCCACCGUCCUCUCCAGGUUUCGUGAGGUGCUUGCCACUAACAACAUACGACCCUGGGAGCUGGCAUCUGUGUUUAAGCAAAUACUAAAGGACUUCCUGAGCCAAAGGGGAUAUGAUGAAGAGGAUGACCUCUCAGUGCAGCCGGUGCAGUUCCAACCCAUGGAGGCUUGGACCAGCCGGUACAAAAUGAAGCAGGGGUAUGUCACACCCACUGUCCCCAACUGUGGCGACCAUCCAAGGGAAGAGAUCCCAACGGUCUCUGGAUACGUGGAUCGGGUCAUGCGCCACUCUGGUUCAUUCACAGCACACAGGGACUGGGACCUUCCAUAUUAUUAUCCAGUACCUCUCAGGUCCAAAGGUGCUUACAGCACCACACUGUGAAAGGACAACUCUUUAACCAUCUGCAACCAACAACAUGGAGACCAA